GAAGCUUGGCACCUCCUCAUGUCAUUUUACCAUUGAAUGUCAUGUUAUCUUUUUCAACACACGGGCGUUGAAAACGUGUCAAAAUGUUUACACGUACCUUUGAAAUAACAGUUUGGAGUAAAACGUUUUCUUUCUUAUAGCAUGGCCAACAGCUCUAUGCCAGUCUUCUAGCCAACCUUCACCGGCAAACCAACAUCCAAGAGUUUUCAGCUGUGUCAUUUUUAUGAUGAGAUAACCGGUAACUAGCAUAGGUAACUAGUCUUGCUAUUUAGAUUGUGUGCUGGGUGUCGUUUGUCUGAUCUUAAACUGAUCACAGGCUGAAAGAGCCUCUCUUUUUCUAGACCCAAUCCCCUCGAAGGAUCUUUAGCAAAAGGUGCCUGUCGGCAUGAUGAUGCGACAAGGUUUACAAGUUGUACGAGGACUUUAUCGAAAUGGAAUGAAAUGGAGUGUACUCGCCGGUCGGCAGUCCAUCAACCGGGUGCCUGUCUCCCAGUCUAUGGGUGUUCGUGCUCUGACGAUGUCGUCAUGGCCUUUCUCUUCGCCACCGAGGGAUUACAGUCUGCCCAAUGAUUCUUGGAGUACAGAGAUGCAAAGCCUAUAUGACCACUACAACGCACUGUGCGAAGUUGAGGAGGAAGGAGAAAAGAAGAGGGGACCAUGGAGGAGGUUACCCAGUUACAAUCGCACUCUUAAAUAUGCCACUGGUGGCCGAUGCCUCAGUAAGGUCCUACAGGCCAAAGCCAGGCUCUUCACUCGGAACAUUGAAGAGCCGGGAGCAAGCUUUGAGUAUGUGGUCUUCCUGAACAAACAAGAGAAGACCUGUGUGUGCGUCUUCCAAGCUGGACAUCUUCUGGAGGGACCCCCGGGGCAUGUCCAUGGUGGAGCGAUCGCCACCAUCAUCGACUCUAUCACGGGAACAAUCGCCACCUACCUGGCGGGGCCUGUCAUGACUGCUAACCUCAACAUUAAUUAUCGCAGCCCCAUCCCUCUGGGCAGCGUGGUGUUGGUGCACAGUGCGUUGGAGAAGACCGAGGGCCGCAAAACCCUCAUUUCCUGUCGGGUUACCAGCGCAGAUGGAACCAGGCUGCACACAGAGGCCACAGGGUUAUUUGUGGCAAUCAAUGUGGGCCACUUAUUUGGAGCGUGAUGUGCGAACCGAACAACCUCUGCCACAAAAAAAAAAGAAACGGAAAAAAAAAACGUGGAAACUCACCUUGCAGCCGAAGCCGAGGCCUUCCCAGACAGUAUGAGUGUUGGUGUGUUUGUAUGAGAGCAAAGUUAUUAUGUCGCUCUGUGCAGUAUAUGCGAGUAUGUGAAUUUAGUUUAAUUUAAUUUAAUUUAAUUUGUUUACGAGGAAGGGAAAGAUUGACCAGUCCAACUAACAUUUUACCUCUUUGAAUAGUCGAGACAUGCCUGACGUUCUACCCCCAAAUUGUCCAUAUGCUUGACUAACACGUGUGCUUUUGUAGUACGGUCAUGCAGCACACUAUACUCAGCUCAGUUUCUCAGCAUUUUGUCUUUCAGGCUCUCAUUCUCUCUCAAUGUCCUUGUCCUCCUUCACUCCUUCCAUUUUUGCAUUUACGUUUUUAAAAUCUCCAUCCUGCAUCCUCCAUAGCCCCUAUGUUUGUUGUUCAUCCUACCUCUGAUGUUACAAGGGACGUACAAGGCUGCUCUCUAUUUAGUUUUUUAAUCUGUACGUCUGGAUAUUUAUGAGCAAACUAUUUAUUCUCAAGUAACAGUUAUUAUUUCAUCAUAGAUUUUUAAAACUUAUUUUAUUUUGAAUAUGAUACAGUAUUUAUGGUGUGGCCUUCUGAUGAUGAUCCAUAGCUGACAGUGUUUUCAGACAAUGUUCAAUGCAUUACUGGGGAGUCAAUAAAUCUUUCUGAAAAAUGA